UCUCCACAUUGUGUUUAGCUGUUAAACAAUGGCUGCAAGUUGGUGUUCGGUUCAGAUUUUGCUGGUUUGUGCUUUCUGUCAUGCUGUUCCACACUGGAGUAAAUCGCUUCAGGAUGUUCAAUCUCUGAUGACCCAGCAGUUUCCACUUCAGAAGCCGGUUCAACAACCAACUUACCAGCAGUUUCCACUUCAGAAGCCGGUUCAACAACAACCUAAACCACAGUUUCCGCUUCAGAAGCCGGUUCAACAACCAACUCACCAGCAGUUUCCACUUCAGAAGCCGGUUCAACAACCAAGUAACCAGCAGGUUCCUCAGCAUUUUCCGCUUCAGAAGCCGGUUCAACAACCAACUUACGAGCAGUUUCCACUUCAGAAGCCGGUUCAACAACCAACUUACCAGCAGUUUCCACUUCAGAAGCCAGUUCAACAACAACCUAAACCACAGUUUCCGCUUCAGAAGCCGGUUCAACAACCAACUUACCAGCAGUUUCCACUUCAGAAGCCAGUUCAACAACCUAAACCACAGUUUCCACUUCAGAAGCCAGUUCAACAACUACCCAAACCACAGUUUCCGAUUCAGAAGCCAGAUGUUCAAUCUCUGAUGACCCAGCAGUUUCCACUUCAGAAGCCGGUUCAACAACCAACUUACCAGCAGUUUCCACUUCAGAAGCCGGUUCAACAACAACCUAAACCACAGUUUCCGCUUCAGAAGCCGGUUCAACAACCAACUCACCAGCAGUUUCCACUUCAGAAGCCGGUUCAACAACCAAGUAACCAGCAGGUUCCUCAGCAUUUUCCGCUUCAGAAGCCGGUUCAACAACCAACUUACGAGCAGUUUCCACUUCAGAAGCCGGUUCAACAACCAACUUACCAGCAGUUUCCACUUCAGAAGCCAGUUCAACAACAACCUAAACCACAGUUUCCACUUCAGAAGCCAGUUCAACAACCUAAACCACAGUUUCCACUUCAGAAGCCAGUUCAACAACUACCCAAACCACAGUUUCCGAUUCAGAAGCCAGUAGUGCAGGCAGAUCCCCUUGAUAAAUGUGCUGUAGCUGAUUUGGAGCAGAUCCAAUGUGGUCUACCUGGGAUCAGUAGAGCUGAGUGUGAAGCUAUUAACUGCUGCUUUAACGCACAGCAGUGUUUCUAUGGGAGGGCGGUAACUGUCCAGUGUAUUAGAGAUGGUCAGUUUGUGGUAGUGGUGUCUAGAGACGUUACUCUGCCUCGACUGAGUCUGGAUUCGGUUCAUUUACUGGGUGGAAACGACCCACCUUGUGCUCCUGUGGGGUCCACACCUUCCUUUGCCAUAUACCAGUUCCCAGUGACCGCAUGUGGCACGAGUGUGAUGGAGGACGGCGGAUAUGUGGUGUAUGAAAACCGAAUGACUUCAUCCUAUGAAGUGGGGAUUGGACCAUAUGGUUCCAUCACAAGGGACAGUCAUUUUGAGUUUCUCUUCCAGUGUAGAUACUCUGAAACUUCUGUGGAAGCUCUGGUUGUGGAGGUCAACUCCGUUCCUCCACCUCCACCAGUAGCUGCUCCUGGACCUCUCAGGGUGGAGCUCAGACUGGCCAAUGGCCAAUGUGUCACCAAAGGCUGUGCUGAAGGGGAUGAGGCCUACACGUCCUACUACAGUGAUGCUGAUUAUCCCAUCACAAAAGUCCUGCGAGAGCCUGUGUAUGUUGAGGUGCACAUUAUGGAGAGGACUGACCCCAACAUUGUCCUGAUGCUGGGACGCUGUUGGACUACUUCAACCCCUAGUCCACUCAGUCUCCCCCAGUGGGACCUUCUGAUCGAUGGAUGCCCUUACCAGGACGACCGUUAUCUGACCACACUGGUUCCAGUGACUGGAUCGUCUGGUCUUCAGUUCCCAACCCACUACAAGCGCUUUGUUGUGCAGAUGUUCACAUUUGUAGAUCCAGCCUCACUGGCUGCCCUGCAGGAAACCAUCUUCAUCCAUUGCAGUACAGAGGUGUGCCAUCCAUCAUCUGGCUCUUGUGAGCAACGCUGCACCAGGAAACGAAGAGAUACUCCUAUCAAGGCUGUCUCUGGGGAGCAGACUGUGGUUUCUAGUGGAGCAGUUACUCUGGUCAUGUAAAUCUAGUUUUUAAUAAACUUUGCAGAACCCUGA